AUGAAACCAUUCUUACCUCUCAAUGGUAAUCAAAGCAUUCCCACUGAUAAAAUAGAUUCCUAUAUCUCAUAUAUGGUAUAUAAUGUUAAAACAAUAUAGUCCCAAGUGUACAGUGUUUAAUAAUUUAUGCUCAUUCAGGCGCAAAAUUAGAUCAUGUAGGCUCAACUAUUAAAAUUGCAAAGCGGCACUUAAAACUAGAAUGUCAUUUUGCAAUAAAAAAUAAGAUAAUUGUUAGAACAGAUUUUAUAAAAAGGAACAUAGAUUUCCAUCAAAGACUCUAUUCCAUCUUCUAAAAUGCCAAUUUUGGCUAAAUAUAUAGCUAACAUUUUUAUAUAUCUAAUGAAAUAAUGUUCUUCAGAUUAAGAUGAAAUCACAUUGAAUUAUAUAAAGGACCCAAAUUCAAUUGUUGUUGAUUAGAAACAAUGGGAUUUAAUAUGUGAGAUAAUCAGUAAGAAGUUAGUUUGUCUUGGAGCAAAUGAUAUAUGUUGCACUAAUGAUUCUUAAAUUGGAAUUAUUAGUCAAUCCUUAUUAUUUAGUAGUAUCAUUAGGAAAGUGAUAUUCAAGAAAUUACAUACUUAAAAUGAGGGUGGAAGUGCUCAAUAGAUAAGCUUUUAAACUCUGAACGAUUUAUUGGGAUAGGAGAGCAGAUCAGAUGAAUUCCUAUAUAAAUUUUUAUGUGAAGAGGACAAGAACACGAUGACUAGACAGUCAUGUUAGAUAUCUUUAGAAAAGAUGUUCCAAAAAAGCAAUUAGUACUUUCAUUAAUCAAACCUAAUAGAGUAAAUUAUUGAGAAUUAAAAAUAAUUUACAGUUAAUGGAAAUUUUGAGCAUCAUGCUGAAAAGUACUUGAACAUAAUUAAAAUAUACUAGAAUUGUGAUCAAAAACAAGUGACUGAACAAUUAGUCAAUGGAUUAUUCUUGAAUUCUUAGCAAAUAGAUUGUAAAGAGUUCAUCUUCAAUUCCAAUCAACUUGAGGAGAAACUCUAAAAAAUCUUAUUUAUGUUUGUGGAAUUAGUAAGAAUAGAGAAUUCCAUAAUCUAGAUAGUGUUGGAAAAUAAAAUAUCUGAAGAACCUUAGAAAAACCCUCUGGAAUACUAUGCUAGGUUGAUAGAGAAGAUAAAGAACAAAUGUAGGAGUAAGGAGGAUGAGUUUUGCAAUUGUAAAAGAUGUCAGUGCAUAAAGAGAAAUCGAGAUAGUGCUCGAGAAGCACAGAAGAGAAAGAGGGAGGCUCUGGAGAAGAUAGGCCCACUGUAGUAGGAGUAUGAGAAGAUAAACAAGAAGGUUAAAUUGUUAGAGUUCGACAAUUCAAAACUGAAAGCAGCUUUAUUCGAAGCUUUAAGAAACCCAGUAAUAGAAAAUAUUAUCAAAACACAAUAUUAAAGUGCUUUUUCCAAUAUAACAAAUAUGAUGUAGCAGGAAUCAUAAGAAGUAUACAAAGAGGAGGAUUAAUCGCAAUCAUGAGAGUAGAUUGAUUUUUUAUUUGUAUGUAAUGUUUAUGCUUCACAAUAGAAAUA